AUUCGACAGGCUUGUUUUGUUACCAGUCUCAUCAAUCCCGUUUAAUGUAACAUAUUUCCCACCGAUAAUUAGUCAUUCGUUCGGGAAACCGUCGUGAAUUUCCGCGCUCAAACUCACGAUUUGAACUCGUUCGCUGGCGAGUUUGUAAAUUUCGAGAAAGCUGCAGAAAAACAGUCUCUUUGUUUAUUUACGAAUAACGCGUGAAUUGACGUGUGAAGCACGAGGGGACGGUUUCAGGACAAACGAUGAAUUCUCACCGUUAAAUUAUAGCCAGCCGAUGUUGACGUACAGCGGCUGCAGCGUCGGAACCGCGGAGACCGAGAAUGGCUCCCCGGCGGAGUCGCUGCUGUCCGGCGAAGGAGAGCUGCCGGAGGAAGCCGGCGAUUCUCCCGGGACGUCGAGGGACACUGAGGAAGAAGCCACGCUUUCCGACGAGUUUUACUCGCACGACACUGACGAAGAGGAAGAGCAGAGCAAAAGAAGACGGGACCGUCCCAGCUCCCUAGACGGCAUCUCACCCUCCGGCAGUGGCCAUUUGGGAUCGCCGCCGCCUCGCGUCGGUAACUUGGGGGUAAGGAAACUGUUCACGAACAGUCGCGAACGAUGGAGGCAGCAGAACGUGAGCGGCGCCUUCGCCGAGCUGCGAAAAUUAGUGCCGACGCAUCCGCCGGACAAGAAACUGUCGAAAAACGAGAUACUGCGGAUGGCGAUAAAGUACAUAUCGCUACUGAGCAGCGUUCUCGAGUGGCAGAAGAGUCAAGACCGCAACGGGGUGCAGGAUGUGCGGAUCAAGUGCGAGUCCCACUUGAGCGGACAGAAUUCAGCGGCGUAUCACACGAAGUCAACGGUGGCGUACCUGAAGCAGGAGAAGCAGAAUCCCGACGGCCCGCACGUCUUUCGCGUCAAUUACACCGCGCAGAGGCACAGCUCGCAGCACGUGACGUGCGAGAAAAACGGCAGCAACUUGCUGAUGAUCGCGCCGACCGGGCUCAGCGUUUCCGCCGCGGGAAAACGCUGCGUCACACCUGCCGUCGUCGUUAGCCAAGGCAGCUUUCACAGCAACGGCAACGGAAAUCUCAUACGUUCUCCGGUGAGCGGACGGACCUCGGGUUUCCCGAAAUCACCGCAGGUUUCGUCGGGCACCAGCAUGGCGCCUAACGGAAGCUCCUCGUCAUUGACCGGAAGCGCGCCCGUUACGAACGGUGUGGGAUCGAGCGGAUCGAACUGCGGCCAGAAGAGGUUCAAGAUCGAGCGGGAAGAGGAGGAGCAGGGAGCUUCGAGGGAUUGCCGAGCCCCGCCACUACCCGCUCACAGUGUGCCGGUGAGGAAAAGGGUAAAGGUCACUUUUGUAAAGGACUCGGGCUCCGGAUUCCGCGGCGAUCUGUGUGGCGUAGACCGCAAGUGAAAGAGGGAACAUCCUGUGCGCGACGCGAGCAGUCGUCGUGAUUUUGCUUUCUUAAGAGCGCAUCGUGUAAAUAUUUCUUUCAUGCUGUAUUCGACAAUAAUUGGUGUCAUAUGGGAAAAAGAGAAAGGGAGAGAUAAAGACGUAAAAUCGGAUAAUCCGCUCGACAGUGAUCUUCGAUUAAUAAUGAGUCGGAUGUUUCAUUUAUGAUUACUCGAGUUUGCUCCAAUGACAUUUUUUUCAAUUCACGAGUUUGUUGUCACGCCGCCUAAGCGUCUAAUUCUAUGUAUUUCACACAACACCGCUUGAGUAUCGAUGAAAUAAAAAAUCCACUCUUGUCACAAAGAGGAAUCUAUUUUUUGCAAGGAUAUCGAUAUGUCGCGAACAGUUCUCUCAUUCGGUGGACAUUUAAGUUCAAAUAGUUUCGUACAAAAAGAUUCGAAAGUGAUCUCAGCCUAUAUUCAUUAAUUCUUCAUUCGUGUACAUUGAAGUGUUCUAAUCCUGGAUCCUCCGGAGCGUUACACAUUAAUAGGUAUAUUAAGUCGGGUAUUAAAAUGUGUGAAAAAAAUGUAUUCUCUAUAUCGGGAGAUAUAUCGCAUCGGAGAGGAGAAAGAUGAU